CGCGGUGUGGCGGCGGGCGGGCCCCGCGGAAGCAGCGCGGAGGGCGGCGGGGCCGCAGCGGAGCGGCCGCGGGGAUGAAGGACCGGCUGGCAGACCUGGCGGAGUAUAAAGGAAAUGAAGAUGGGGAGACAGUUAUCAUCGAAAAAGACCAUUUUAUGGAUGACUUCUUCCAACAGGUUGAGGAAAUUAGAAAUAAUAUAGCAAAAAUAGCACAAAAUGUGGAAGAAGUGAAGAAGCAGCACAGCAUUAUCCUGUCAGCACCAAAUCCUGAAGGAAGAACGAAGGAAGAACUUGAAGAACUAAAUGAGGAAAUAAAGAAGAUUGCUAAUAAAAUCCGGGCCAGGCUAAAGGCUAUCGAGCAGAGUUUUGAUCAGGGUGAAAAUGCAAAUCGGACAUCAGUGGACCUCAGGAUCAGGAAAACACAGCACUCGGUGUUGGCACACAAGUUUGUGGAGGUGAUGACGGAGUACAACGAGACGCAGACGCUGUUCCGGGAGCGCAGCAAGGGCCGCAUACAGCGACAGCUGGAGAUCACUGGAAAGACCACCACUGAUGAGGAGCUGGAAGAAAUGUUAGAGAGUGGUAAUCCUUCCAUUUUCACUUCUGAUAUCAUAUCAGACUCCCAGAUAACCAGGCAAGCCCUGAACGAGAUCGAGUCACGCCACAAGGAUAUCAUGAAGCUGGAGUCCAGCAUUCGGGAGCUCCACGAGAUGUUUAUGGACAUGGCAAUGUUUGUUGAGACUCAGGGUGAAAUGAUCAACAACAUAGAGAAGAACGUGAUGAAUGCGACAGACUAUGUGGAACAUGCAAAGGAAGAGACAAAAAAGGCAGUUAAAUAUCAGAGCAAAGCACGCAGGAAAUUGAUGUUCAUAAUAAUAUGUGUAACUGUAUUGCUUCUGAUACUUGGAAUUAUCCUAGCAACAACUCUGUCCUAGCAAGCACAUUCCAAGAGUUGCCAGCCUUCAGGAACUCCAGAACAUCUGCAGCAAAACCAAACCUUUCCCACAGAUGUUGCCUUACACUGUCCCACCGUGAUGGCCUGUCACUAAUGGUUAAAAAUGAGAGCAAAAUCACUCGUAAUGUUUACUCACAGAUGAAGAUCAGAAUGUAUCAGGGUGCGUAUGGACUGUACAUCAUAAACCAGGCACCUGUGAGACUGACACUUUGUUCUGAACUCAAGUAACUUGGGGUUUUUUCACAUCUCAGUGUUAAAGUUGAAAUAGGGAGUUGAGAGACUGUUGCGUUUUGACUCUUUGGCUUUUUUCCUAUUGCUAACCUAACUCUAAUCAUGACUUUCAGUGCCUUGCCAGUGCUGCCUUCGUUAGCACUCCUGUGAAUAUUUUUAUGAGAUGUAGCCUUGUGUUUAAGUGUAUUAAUUACUUAGUCACCUUAACCUAUUUAAACUUCAUGCUUUUUCUCCAGCAAGGGCUAAAAUACUUUAUCCUGAAGAGACUACUCAUUUAACUGCGCAGUGCAUUACACUUGAGAAGAAAAAAGAAAAAAAGCUCUUUUACGCUUGCCAGUUUUUUUAUUUUUUCUUUCAAGGUUAACUGCUUUAAAUACUUCCUUUGUGGUUAAUAAAAAAGUUAGUUGGAGCAUUUCUGGUGAAAGCAUAGAGCUCUGAAACGCUGAAUUUGCACUUGAGCAGGUAAUUGUACAGGUAAUUCUUGUGCAAAGUGGAUCAGUUCAGCCUUACUGCUUACCUGAAUAUGACAGAAAUGACUUCAUAAAGCCAAAUCAGGUUUCCUUGUUCUGGAGUUUGCUGAUGUCGAUGUAUGGGUAUAGCACAGGGGAUGAACUCCCCCAGAAGAGUCUGAAAUUACCACAAGCUGAGACACGGAUGUGUUCUGAACCCUGCGUGGCUGUAACAUGUGUGAAGUGUUUUGGUGUGCGCACGCCUGUGCGAGUGCCAGCCUGCACGGCUUGAAAGCUUCAGAGAAUUCAGAUGUACCCAGAUAACUGCAUUGAAUGUUACAGGUGGUUUUUGUAUUUUUGUGUGUAAAAUAUUUGUAACUUGGGCUUGUGGCUCCUCAUUGUCUAAGCAUAUCCAUGUAGAUAUGUAGAUAUAUUUACACUCUAAGAGAAGUAGAGGAGAGGAUCAUUUGUGCCUUUCAAACAUAGUCUAAAACUACACUCAUCAAUGUUCUCAGAUACUCGGCUCUCACGUUGACUGCAGUAACUCGGUCCUACGAGUUUAGAAUCCUUAAACUGAGGUUUUGUUGAAAGUGUCUGAGAUCAAAGUUACUCAGUAAGUGAGAAUUCAGACUUGGUAAAAUUCAGCAGAGUUUACAAUUUCUCUUGUAUGUAUGAAUAUUCCUGCUUUGCUGUCCAGGUAUACUGUGAAUAUGCUGGAGCUAUUCAGAUGUCAAACACGUUUAAAAAAGAAAACAAACACUGUUAUUAUUGAUAUUAUUGGUCUCUUUACAAGUCAGCCAUAAAGAAGUCGCUUGAAAAAUUCGGCUUCAAUAAUGAACAAAUUUCUUUUACCUCUGAGUCCGGAACGCUCACCGAUGUUUGUGAGGAAGUUUACAUGCAAAGUAAGGAAGGAUUGGUUGCCUUAAUGCUCACUCUAGGUAAAUAUUUUUUAUUCUGUAGUUUUCUAGAUUUUUAUCAGUAAAUAUUAUUUAUACAGAUAUGCAAAUUAGAUGGGGGAAAAAAAAUCACUCCUGCUGUUUACCAGCUGGUGAUGUAAGCUGACCCUCAAAAUCCUGUCAUGUUGAAGUUUUUCCUCUGUAAUGCAGUAAUCUGCCCAUCAAGACCAGAAAUUUGAACAGGCUACUCCACAGUUUUUAGUUCUUGUUGAACAGCUGCCUCAAUGAGUUUGUUUUACAGCAAAACAGACCUUUUCACAUGAACCUCUUUGUUGGUUCAUUCUGGAGGGGAGAAAAUCUCUAACCUAUGCACUAAUAAACUCAUGUAAGCGA